AAUCGCAACAUUAGACUGAGUUACGUGCAUUGCGAGUGUGUGCAGAGCCCAAGAGCCGCUCACUCACGUGCCUGACUUCCUCACACUGUUCACGUGGAGGAGGCGGUGAGCAGAGGAAUGUUUUGAAUGAUUUAAAAAAAAAAAAAAGAAGGGGAGAUAAUGUUGUGACCUGUGUCAUAAUUCAUUCCCUUGACGGAUGUGGCGCGGGGAAGGACUUAGCUCAGUGGAUUCAUGGAUUGCCCUUUUCUCAUUCAUUCAGUUUCUCUACUAGUGGAUAACUUCUGGAUCACACCAUUGAUCUAGACUUUAUGUAACAGCCUUUACUCACUUACUUACUGGACAAGGAACAAAUGUGCCUCUAUGGAGAAGAUCGAGAAGUUCCAGAUAGUUUUUAACAAUCCAGCGGCGACCUACUUUGCUGGAGAAACUGUCUACGGCUACGGCUGGCUAGUAGUCAAGGAACCUGUCUACGUGUCUAGUAUAUGUUUAGAAGCUAUCGGCGAGGCUAAAGUGGAAUGGAUGACCUCGAGUGACGUCCAGAACUCGGACGAAGAGAUUUUCAACCAUACCUCAGUCUUACCCAUCAAAGGUGAGAAACAGAUCAACGACGAAGGCGUCCUCCAUUCUGGCUCCCACUACUUCCCAUUUGAAUUCGUCUUACCCCAGAAGCUUCCUUCCUCCUUUAAGGGCAAACAUGGCCGCCUGCGGUACUAUGUGCGCAUGUCCGUCUACUCCCAAGGCGUGUUUCCGCAGUCCGGACCACAUACGGAAAGAACCAGCAAGUUCGCCGUCAUCGGAUCUCUGGACUUAAAUAAUGAGCCAGACGCCUCGCUUCCCGUUGAGAACGAUACAUUCGAGGCAGUCGGCUCAUGGUGCUGUAUAGCAGGUACCGUGACGGCCAUGUUAAAACUGGACCGGAAGGGCUACACCAUCAAAGAGGCCAUCCCAGUGUACGCCGAGAUCAAGAACUUGAGUGCCAGGCGGAUAGCAUCGACCCAGGUCUCACUUAUACAGAACGUAACGUAUUAUUCUUAUCGAGGCAGAUUCUCAGAGUCUACGACACUGGUCACGGUACACAAAGGGAGAAUCGCCCCUCGGGGGAAACAAACCUGGAACAGGGAACUGCUGAGUGUACCCACCGUGCCGCCCUCCCACCUCAGGGGGUGUAGGAUCAUUGACGUGCAGUAUAGCAUCGAGCUGUGCAUCAAGCCAUGUGGGGUGGCCAGAAAAGUGAAGCUCCCAGUGGACAUUGUGAUCGGCACCGUGGCCUUGAAGGACCAACAGCACAAGGUCACGUGCCACCCGCUGCUGUCUCCCGAGGACAACAACUUCCCCUUCCCCUUCUUCUCUGCCAACGACGACAGUGAGGUGUUUCUGACGGACCUGUCCAUCCACAACAUGCUCCCCACAGCCCCGCCUUGGGAGGAGGACGAUGAUAUCCCGUGACACGGGCCCAGGCCUGCACUAGUGAACAAAUCGACAAAAUAUUCCAAGUGUCAUUCCGUCAUAGUCACGUGUACUAAUUGGAACCAUAAUUCAACAGUCUUUGACAGUCAAGUUUGAGCUGCAGGGCUAAAGGGGGGUGCUAAACGGACAUACACCACACACACAAAAAUGGAGAGAACACGGGUCAUUGAAGACGAGGGGCUGUCACUUGGACAUUUCUGCUUCUCUUGGCUGUCUUCAUGCAGUGCUCGGAGAGGACGCACCAUUUACUAGACCAUGACUCUUCACUUGAUUAUAUUAGUGCAUUUACAUCCCCUUGUUCUAUAAAUAGAUGUUGAUGUUAACUCUCUACACAGCGUGUAGUGAUGGAUUUAAAAAAAAAACAAACUAACCUUAAUUACACGUUGUUUGUGUUUGUUGUUGUUGUUGUUGUGGCAUAAUGGAUAGAAAAAAAAUGAAUGUUGUAUUUGUUACUGUUUUUGUGCUUCUCUUUUAAAUCAACUAAAUGAACUGGCCAAGUUGGGCUGCUAAUACUAAGCAAUUAUUUUUUUUUUAAAUAGGGUUCAUAACCUACGUGUUCCUUACCUCUGGGUUAGGUAGGGUUCAUUAUUUAUUUACUAUCAAAUAUUGACUCUUAUGGUAUGCGAUAUUUUUGGACACACAACUCGGCAUUAAAACUUGGUAAAGAAUGUUAUAGCCUAAACAUUUGAAAGCAGUCACAUUUCAUACUCGAUGUAGAUAUUGUUGUAGCUUAUAAGAAUUAUUACUGGCGUACUACUGCAGCCGUGAAGAUGUAUAAUAGUGAAAGAUCUUUAUAAUAUUUAUAAAUAUCACAUAACUGGUUCAAUCAGUCACGAAUAAAAUACUCAUGAAUAUGGUGCGUUAAAUACUCUUGCUAUAGGCGUACAUUGUAUUCGUUACUUGUUCAAAUCUAUUCUUCAAGAAUAUUGUUAUUAAAAAAUGAUUAUGUUGAGAUGCUUCAAGGAUACUUGACAUUUAUUUUGAUAUUAUUCCAUGAACACAUGUAAUAAGUUAGAAAAUUAUUAUAAACUAUAUUUUGUAUUGUGGGGCUCACUUAAUUAGAUAUCUACUCGUCAAUAUUCUCAGCACCAGUCGAUCACCGUUUGUCUUUGAUACAUUUUUUCUUCAUUGUAGUCCAAGGGGUGUAACCACAAAUUUGGUGCAAAGACCGCUUACUUACAAUAAUUACAUCCCCUGCUGAAAUACCCUUUCUUUGUUUUCAAUCUCUUGAUUUAAACUGAUCCAAACAUUUAACAAAAUUUAUUGUAGAAAAUUACUUUGUUCAAUUUUUAAAUGAAACAAUUAAACUACAAGUGUGAAACAAGAAGAGCGGUCAUUGAGAUACAUGUAAGUAAAUAUAAUAUGUGCAGACCAAUUUUAAUCAGAUUUCUUUUUAAAUAAAGAAUGUGUAGAGUCUAUGUACACACCAUAGUGAUGCCAGAGACACACAGACACAAACUAGGAAAUUAAGUUACACAACAUGUUGAAACAUAAAAGUAAUUCUAACCUUAUCUUUAUACUACAGAAACAUUUGAGUGUUCUCUGAAUUUAAAGGAAAUAAAACACUUUUUUAUACAUAUAAAAACUUAAAAAUCAAUUAGAAAAAAAAAAUACAAUAUAUUGUUCAGUUUAUAAUAUUUAUAUAUUUUUUUAAACUCCUGACAGUUUAUAUACAUAUAUAUAUAUAUAUAUAUAUAUAUAUAUAUAUAUAUAUAUAUAUAUAUAUAUAUAUAUAUAUAUAUAGCAAGUAUUGUCACAAAAUAACUGAAGCAUCUUUGUAAAUCUUCGGUAAUUCUUCCCAGUAUACUAACUCUAGGAUGACUGCCUGGUCGUGUGGUAUGCGUUCAGUCAUCUUCACGGUCCCGGGUUCAUACCCUGCCUUGUUAUAUCCCAUCCCUCUGUGGGAGGUUUGGACUAGGAAGUAGAUUAUCUUGAACCCUGAAGGAGCAUUUGAAACAUGUAAAUCAUACAUAUAAAACAAACAUUGUAUGUUUCAGAAAAAAAACUAUAUCACUGUGUGCAUUAUCAGAUAAUAUAUUAGUGGUAACUUAAAACUGAUAAUCUAUUUACCAAUUUAAAAGAAAUCCUUAUUAGACUCGUCUGAGAGUUUCUCCUUAAUUUUUUUUAUCAAGUAGUUAAAAUUGUGGUACAAGUAUCUUUUAGAGUUCAUUAUUUGAAAAGAUUAUUUCUGUUUUCAUUAGAUAUCAGUAUUGUCUUAUUUUGCCUGAAUAACAUUUUUUCCUUAAGCUCACUCUUCUUCCUUGCUUAUGAUGGGUUGAGCUCUUGUGCAAAAGACAUUUACAAAAUAAUGUUUUGACCUAUUACUCAGUCUAAUUUUGUUUAUGUAAAAAUAAUUGAAAAAAAUGUAUAAUUGUUUUUAUCUUGUGUACAAACUGCCAAAUUUAAUUGGUGUUAUGUUAUUUAGGGUUUAAUCAUUUGUCUUGUGCUAAUUAAAACUUUAUCCACUAGUAAAUACUAUAUCAAUUUUAUAUAUUACUUCAUAUUAUCUCAAAUAUAAUAACAACAAUAUGUCUUGGUGAUUUUUUUUUAGUUUAGAUACUUUACAUUAUUAUUUUUAAAACAAUCCUUCAUCAGAGGGAGAAAACUCAUUGUAAAUUAUCCCUGGAACCCAGUAAAAAUUAAGAGGAUAACUCUUGCCUAAAACAAAUAUAAAACUGAGAUAACUCUUGCCUAACCUUACUAGCUCAAAUAAAACAAAAGUGGGCCUUACUACAUGGCAACACAAACUCUAAUUGUUUUCUAAUGUGUGUGUGUACAAUAUUUGCAAAUGUAAACUUAACUACACAGUGACACACAGUAAACAUUGUAUAUGUCUAAUGUCAUGUGUGAACAAUGUUUGCUAAUUAGGAUGCUUGUGAAAGUAUGGUCUUAAGCUUGGAGCAUAUGUUUUUAUUCAUGUUAAGCAUACACAUUUUUGUGUUUAAAAGUUUUUAGUCACAAUAUUGUUUAGUGUUUUUUUUUCUCAGCCCAACAAAAACUUUUUGUAAGAAUAGACUGUUGACUUGUAUUUCUCUGAAAGAAAUAGUGUCUUAGCUUACAGGCAAUUUAUGGUAUGCUAAUUGUAUUACAUUUCACAAAGACAUUAACAUUUAUUCCCUGUGCUGGGACAAACACAAAAUUAAUUGUACUUUUUAAACAUAUAUGGAUGGCUGCAUGGUAGUGUAGUUGACGCUCUGGGCAGUUGUCACAAUAGUUCAGGGUUUGAAAGCUGCCCACCAUUCUGCAUGAGGUUUGGAUAGAAUGAAGUUAUCUUCAAUUCUGAACUAACUUCAAAAAAUAUAUAACAAAUACAGUAAGAUGAAUAAAUGAAAAGCUAAAAAAGAAAAACUACAAUUUUAUGUCACCAACAGACUCAACACAGAAAAGAACACAAACUUAUCCAGGACUGUCAUAUAUUUUUAUAAAAACCAAAUGUAAGUUUAACAAAGAUAGAUAACUUUUUUUUUUGUUUCUUUAUAAGAAUUGAAUAAUCUUUACGUUUUAGAAAUCUCCACACUAAAGUGUAAAGUACAUAUAUCAGGGAGAGUUUUUUUUUUCAGUUUUGACUUUAUGUAUAAUUACUUCAUUCUAGUUAGUUUAUUGCAACCAUUUGAUAACGGAGAGACUAUAUGAUGAAAUGUUUGGUAUGUGUGCAUGUUUCUAUGCUUGUAAACUAUAGAGCUAUAAGUGGACUCUAUUGAUCUAUACACUGAUAUAUCUAUAUAUAAUGAAAUAUUAUCAGAAUAUUUAUUCUCGGAUCUGAUAUAUCCAUAGUCUGCUUGGUAUUUUACAUGUGUGGUCAUCUUUUGUAUCACUAUUAAGUCAGAGAAAGAUGGAUGUCCAUGGCGCUAAUAGCUGACCAGUGGGCAUGCCAAUUAGCUUAUACUGUAUCUGUAUAUUUAAUUUUAAUGGUAUCUGUUUCAAUUAACUUAUGAGUUUAAAUAAAAUCAUAGCAAAAAGUAUUUUUCAAGUUUAACUUGUUUUGAAUUUUCCUAUAGUUUAUAGAAUUGAAGAGAUGCACUUGACAAAACAAGAAUCAAUUUUAAAAAAUUAAACAACUAUUUAAUUUACUAUUGGUAAUUAAUUAUUUUGUUUGGUAUUGAAAAGGGAAAGAAAUUGUACAUGACUGUGGUGAUGAUAUACAUUGAAUUAGUCCCUUUAAACCUUGUAGAGAGAAAUAGCUCACUGCUUUAAAGUUUGAAACUUACAAUAGAUAACUAUAAACCUUCUUUGUUGAUAAGCACUUCAACUGCACAGUGGUUAGUGUGUUAGCUUGAGGCGGCUUAAUUUAAGCUUUUUUUUUUUUUUUUUUUUUUUUUUUUUUUUUUUUUUUAAAGUUUUUUUUUUGUUUUGUUGUAAAAUUCUAGUAUCAAGCCUCCAUUAUUACAAGUUUGUUUUAUAUCUUCUUUAUCUAGGCCAUUCAAAAUAAAAGUCCGCAUGAUGGGAACUUUGCCAGAUUUUUCUUCAUUUAAUAUCAUUUACUUUAGAUUUUUUUUUAUUUUAUGGUUAAUGAGUGUAUGGACUUCCUUUGAACUUAAAUCAGUUAAUGAGAGAGAGCAAUUUGUUGGAAUGUUAUUUUGUUGUAGUUCUGCUCUUAACUAAAUCCAUACUGUAAAUAUCAAUGUAUCACAAGUAUUGACUUGAUGGUUGAUUUGGUCAGAACAUAAAUAAAUGUGAUUAUAUUUUU